AGUACGACGUCAGGAAACAUGCGUUCAACACACAUGAUGGGAGCUUACACUGAACCUUAUGCUUGUAUCUUCAGCAGGUAUAUAAGAAGUCGCUGCGUUGAAGGGGCAAAUGGCCUGCACCUCACUGCAAAGUAUCUUCGGUCACGACUGAUCCGUAUUAAAAUUUUAUCGAGUGUUAGCUAACGUCUCCUAUGCAGCUUUAUGAUGAAGAUGUUCAAGAUUUUGUUCGGUUCGAUAGUUAGAUAUAUUUUUUCUGUCGUUUCGUUUUUGGAAAAAGUUCAAAAUGGCGGAAAUUGGCAUAAAUGACUUAAGCCAGUACGGUCUUUGGCACUUCAGUUAAGACCAUUGUGAUUUCACUGUGAUAAUGAGUUAAUGACUCAACGAAAAAGUUUUUAUAUAUAUUUUUAAGCUUAUCGCGAAGUCUAGAGGUCGCAGAGCUACUGGUUUAUUAUGUUUGACACUGUUUUAUUAUUUAAAAAAAUUAAGACUCUAAGAGUUGUAGAAAGGUAGUGAGAGGGUAAUAGAGAGUACGUUAGGAGUUAGGAUAUUGUAACUGACAGUCGGCAAUCAAUAAGCGUGAUGUAGGAAAUAUAUUGCGCUUCAUAGAAGGUUGCACUCUCUACUAACGCCAUCUGUUAGAUCUUGUGGCACGACGUUGACAGUCUGUCAAGAGAUGCCACAGAGUUUUAUAGGUCCAGUUUGUCGUAAUAAUAAUUUAGAUACGCUCGUGUUUAGGAGAUCUAUCCAUCUUUGAUAAUAAUAAGAUAGUCUAAAUGCCGCGGUCCGGUAGGAUGAGUAGGUAGCGGGUAUAACCCCUACAAAAUUAUAAUACUGAUAUAAAUACUAUGCCACUAACAGACAUACAUAUAAACUCCUCUGUUUGUAUUGGGGUUCCAAAAUUAAAACAUUAAUGUUCAUAAAAAGUCAGGCAGUACUGUACUCAUAGAACGACAGAAAAUACAUUUAAGUAUUUACCUAACAUCAUUUUAAAAGAAAUGCCUCAAGGGCCUAUUUUAGAUAUAAGCUAGUUAUAGUAAUCAUCUGUAUAUAUCCAUUAUGUAUAUUGCUAUUGUAAAUAAAGAACUUGUUCAUAAAAACAUUUAAUUUGACGCAUUUGAAUUACUAUAAAAUAACACACACAACUCAAACUUGAUGUUAAACAUGAUCAUCGUAUUGCAUCAACGAAUGAUAGUGAAUGUUGAAACUUACCUCAAAAUCUAAAAAUUAACUUAGAGAUUUUAAUUUCCGAAAGUGACUAAGACUGAGACCUGUGUACCCCAAACCGGAGCAUCCCUUAAACACCUCACUUAGCCCCGAGCUGCGAGCGAGCACUGCCGUCUGCCUAUCCCGAUCUGAGAAUGCCGUACACACGCCCGCCAGCCACCCCGACCGUUUGGCACCGCUUCACGGCCCGCGGCGUCACUCUGAGGGUCCAGGAUUUGACUCCAGACCUGUACGAGUUAGCUAUAACGUUACUGAGAACAUAUUUCACUAGAGACGAGCCGCCUUGCAAGUACAUUGGCAUCGAGAAGUACCCAUCAGCAAUGCACGAGCUUGAACAACUGUGGCGCAAAACGCUGAACGACAACGUGUCGUUGGUGUGCGUCACGGACGACGGCGUCGUUGUUGGGGCCAACGUGUUGGCGGUCGUGUGUAAAGAGGAUAAGGAUGAGCCCUUCCAGACUCAUGACAAAAUCUGGGGUCAACUUUUCGGAGCCGUGGACCUGGUGUCACGAGGAGUGGACAUCUUCGAGAAAUAUGGCGUCGACAAGUAUCUGACGGCGUACGGACUGGUGGUGGACCCCGAGUGGAGGGGGCUGGGGGUCGCCAAGGAGAUAUUGAAGGCUAGAAUCAGCCUCUGCCGCAGCCUUCGAAUUAAAGUGACUGCAACAGUCUUCACAGCUAGGGCUUCGCAAAUAGCAGCCAAGAAAGCAGGGUUCGAGGACCUCUACGAAAUGACCUACGAAGAGCUAGCUAAGAAGGGAUGCGUCUUUCCUGGAGUUGAGGAGGACACAAAAUCUUCUAAGCUAAUGGCCUUAGUCAUUGAUGAAAAUUAAAAUUUAUAAGAAAAUGUACAUAAAAAAAUAUACAUGUAUAAUAAAAUUAUAAAACAUAUAUUAUACCUACGUUUAGAAAUGUACCUGCUUAUU